GACGAUAUCCUACAGGCGUAGUGACUGCGUGUCUACAAAUUAGUUUGUUUUCCAUAAUAAAUGUUCUUUAGUAAUGGUGAAAUUUUAUGCCGCCAUGCUGGUACUCGCGCUGCUGUGCCUCGUGAGCAUAUCAUCAAGCGUUCCCCUGCACGAUCAGAUAACUCCGAGGCCCGGGGAGACGUGUGGCUAUGAGAGCUGUCCGAAGACCGAGCCGGGAGUACUGAACGUCCACAUCGUGCCCCACACCCACGACGACGUCGGCUGGCUGAAGACCGUCGACCAGUACUAUUACGGAAGCAGGAACAACAUACAGAAGGCUGGCGUUCAAUACAUUCUGGAUUCGGUUGUCAAGGAGCUGUGGGAAGACCCGAAGCGACGGUUUAUCUACGUGGAGACGGCUUUCUUCUGGAAGUGGUGGGUCAGGCAGUCCCGUCGGGUCAAGAGUAAGGUCCACACCCUCGUCAGGCAGGGGAGGCUUCAAUUCGUCGGUGGGGCGUGGUCCAUGAACGAUGAGGCCGCAGUGCACUACCAAAGUACCAUCGAUCAAUUCACUUGGGGUCUCAGCAAAUUGAACGAGACCUUUGGUUACUGCGGCUUGCCCCGGGUUGGCUGGCAGAUUGACCCGUUCGGGCACUCGAGGGAGCUGGCCUCGCUGCUGUCCGCCAUGGGGUAUGACGGUUUGUUCCUGGGCAGGAUCGAUUAUCAAGACAAGAGGACCAGACUCCGCGACAAGACCAUGGAGAUGGUAUGGAGGGGCGACGAUGACUUGGGCAAGAAGUCAGACAUCUUCACAGGCGCUUUGUACAACACAUACUCUCCGCCGGCCGGGUUCUGCUUCGACGUCCUGUGUGACGACGAGCCCAUAGUGGACGACGCUGGCUCGCCGCUGUACAAUGUCGACGACAAGGUCGAUCGGUUCCUGGACAUCUGCAGGAACAUGGCCUCGUCGUACCGCACUCAAAACGUACUGGUCACAAUGGGCGACGACUUCCACUAUCAAGAGGCCACGAUGUGGUUCAGGAAUCUAGACAAGCUAAUCGCAUAUUCUAAUCUGAAGGCGGCCAAGGACGAUCUGAAGAUUAAGCUGUUUUAUUCGACGCCUAAUUGUUAUCUGAAAGCCAUAAAGGACGCGAAUCCGGUGUUGCCAACGAAACAAGACGAUUUCUUCCCGUACGCGAGCGACCCGACCGCUUACUGGACCGGGUACUUCACCUCGAGACCGACCACCAAGUACUUCGAGAGAGAGGGGAACGCUUACCUGCAGAUGGUGAAACAGCUGCAGGUGUUGUCGAAUUUGGAAAGGCACAACGAGUUCAUUCUGAACGAACUAAAGAGCGCAAUGGGCAUAAUGCAGCACCACGACGCCAUCACCGGCACCGAGAAGCAGCACGUCGCUCAUGACUACGAGCGGAUCCUGAGCACCGCCAUUGAUGACGCUCUACUCGUCGCCAGGCAGGCCUUCAACAAAGCCGCCCAGGGCGACUCCGGGAAGGCCCCGCUGUUCAGCUACGACAGGUGUCACUUCAACGAAUCCAGAUGCCACACGUCGGAGACCAGCGAAACGUUCAUGGUGACCGUUUACAACCCGUUGGCUUGGGGCGUCAGGGAGGCGGUGAAGCUGCCGGUCACGUAUGGACACUACGAGGUCUACGCUCCGAAUGGCGAUAAAAUCGUGACGCAACUGGUCGAGAUACCGGACGAGGUUAAGCGCAUACCGAACCGACGGUCUGAGGCCACUCACGAGUUGGUGUUCAUUGCGCACUUACAUCCGUUGGGCGUGAAAUCGUUCUACGUUAAAAGAGUUUCGACAACGAAAAGGGCAAUCGCUAACGGCAGCUAUUUGGAAUGGAUCAGUAGCGAGGGGGUCCGGUCCGAUGGCUAUUUAGAUAGGCUCAAUCAGAUAGCCGACGCCAAAGACCUCACGAAUCUCGGCCUAGAUGCUAUUGCUGAUGAAGGCAAGGAACCUUUGUGGGAAGACGCAAAUGGAACUGGUGCGGCUUUCAAAGGGACUAUGAAGAAAAGAGAGACGGACGACUUUAAGAUAUCGUUCGCGUAUUACCCGGGCUGCUUGGGGAACAAUGAGGUACCCGCUAACCGCAGUUCAGGCGCGUACAUCUUCAGGCCGAACUCGACAAAGGCAAUCGGUCUGAACGUGGAAUCUGUGAGUGAAAUUAGCGGCGACCUACUCAGCGAGGUUCGAACUAAGAUACGCGGAAACGUUUUGAGCAUCAAGCGUGCUUACAAGGAAUUCGAUUUUAUUGAGCACGAGUGGCUCGUGGGCCCGAUAAGCGUCGACGACGGCAUCGGCAAGGAGUACGUGGUCAAGUACCAGACGGAUAUAAUAAAUAAUGGAGAGUUUUACACGGAUUCAAACGGCCGACAGAUGCUGAAGAGGAAACUGAACGCGCGUCCUCAAUGGAACUUGACGCUGACUGAGCCGGUGCCCGGGAAUUAUUAUCCGGUCACGAACGAGAUCUACAUCGAGAACGGGGAGAGGUUCACGGUCUUGACGGACCGAUCGCAAGGCGGAACCUCGCUCGUCGAAGGCGAAGUGGAACUGAUGCUGCACAGGAGAUUGCUGCACGACGAUGCGUUCGGCGUCGGUGAGGCCCUCAACGAAACGGUUCUCGGCUCGGGGCUGGUGGUUCGCGGGAAACACCGUAUCCUGCGCUCGAAGGAUCCGGUUGAGAUCGCGAAAAGCGUUUUCCAAAUGCACCUGCCGCCCGUGGUCUUCGUUUCCGACGCCUCAGGCCUCAGCUACGAGCAAUGGAUGAGGUUGGAGAAUUGCAAGAAGUUUGUCAAGACCCCGAUGCCUGACGGGCUCCAUCUGCUCACCCUGGAGCCUUGGGGCGACCAGAUCCUAUUGAGAGUCGAAAACUACAAGACCGGUGCCGAAGAUUCGACCAUCGAAAUUGACCUGCAGGGCAUAUUCAACGGUAUCCAUAUCAAAACCGUGAAAGAGACAACGCUAGCCGCAAACCAGUGGCUGGACGACUAUGAUAAGUGGACUUGGAAUAGGGAAGGAGACUUUUACGAAAGCUUCAACAAGAAAUACGGGAGCUUCGAGGCCGUGAACAAAGCCGUCGACGGACCUGACGUCGGAGAGGACGACGGCCUCAAAAUCAAACUUAAAGCGAAGGAGAUAAGGUCGUUUAUAGCGGAUAUCGAAUAUACCGACUAAUGACCUUUCUGGGGCACGUUAGAUUAUUUUUAUUAUUUUUUUUUACGACAUUUUUAAAUGUAUAUAUCGAGGGGUGAAAUGUUGUUUGUUUCAAGCGACAUUUAUCUUUGUAAUUAAUAGUCCGUUUUAUUUGGUAUCAGCAUCAACAGUUUGAUUUUUUUAAUUAAGCUUCAAUUAAGUUUGCUCCAUUGGAACAGCUGAAAAAGUGUUUUUGUUUAUGAUAUUUUUUUAAAAUUUUUACCUUUAAAUAGCUCUCCUGUAAAGUUGAAAAAAUCGCCUUUCACCCCUCGAUAUGAUUAGAUUUUAAUAGGUUCAUUGAUGGUAGCAUUUAAUGUGUGCGUUCGUUGAGAUAAAUACAAUUUUAAUGUUUUAAGGAAUGCACAAUAAAACUCUGUGUAAUACUGUCAUCUGUUUAUUUCUUCUUCCACAUUUU